AUGAGAAGGCGUCCUACAGAUUCAUCAUUAAAUCCUCAAUUAGAUGAAGAACUAAAGAAUUCACGAGCUUACUCAUCAUAUAGAUCAAAUUCUACUAAUUCCAAUAACAAUUCUAAUACUAAUAAUUUGAAUAGAGCAUCUUCUGGAUCCAUUUUCAGUUUAAGGAAAAACAGGGAGAAAAAAGAUGAUAAAGAAAAGGAUAAAGAUAGUGGGAGUGAAUUAUCAUCAAUGGAUUCAGCUAGUAUCUUAAGUGGAGGAAGUAAUGGAAGAAGAAAUGCAUCCUUUUCCUCAACUAAUAUCAUUCCUAGCUCACAAGUAACAAAUUCCAAUCAUAAUAGACAAGCAUCAACAUAUUCAAUAUCAACAGUUAACCCUUAUGAUACCAAAACUUCGAGAUCAUCAUCAAUUUUGCAUAAUUCCAAUAAUAAUGGCAGUAAUGGAAACCAAGGACCUUACCUUGGAGGAGCUUCAUUAUCAAGAAAAUCCACUGCUACAUCAAUAAUAUCUCGUCCUUCAUUAUCAUUAUCAUCCAAUGAAACUCUAACUACCACCACGGGAUUUAAUUUAGAGAAACCCACAUCAGUUUAUGAGAUUGAUAGAAUGUUUCGAGAAUUAAUGGAUAAAAGAGAUUUCAAAUCGUUACCACCUCAAGCUAAACAAGAGAUGAUAAAUUAUAAUCCUGAUAAAAAAUGGAUGUUAAUUUAUCAAGAUGCAUUAACUGAAUAUAAACGUCAAGAAAGAGUUACAAAGAACCAAGGUGAAAGUGCUACUCCAGAAUUUUAUACUAAACAAUUAUUAUCGAAGACCAUUACAUCAAAUCAAUUGAAGAAUUUAUGGGUUUCUUUAAGAACUGAACCUAUUGAUUGGGUGAGAAGCUUCAUUUUUGAUUGUCAAGGAGAUGCUUUAUUAUCAUCAUUUUUAAUUAAAGUUCAAGAUUCAAUUAAUCAGAAUGAAACUAAUGAUAUCAAUGAUGAACUUUUUGAUAAAGAAUUCAAUACUUUAAAAGCAUUAAAAUCUAUGAUGAAUCAAAAAUUGGGGGCUGAAAGAGUGAAAACUGAUGUAAAUUUAUAUGUAAGUGCAGUUUCAGGAUCUUUAUUGUCACCCAGGAUUUUAACCAGGAAAAUAGCUGCAGAAUCUUUAACUUUUAUGAUUGCUUAUCAUACUAAUUCAUCAGUUGAUGAUUCUCAAGGUAAAUAUCAUAAAGUCUUGAAAUCUUUAGAUGCUAUACCCACCAAACCAUAUUUUGAAUUUGACAGUAAUGCCCCUAAGAAGAAUCUUGUAAGGAAACCUCCUGUUAAAGAUAAAUAUAAGAGAUUUGAAUUAUGGUUAAAAUUAGUUGAAAAAACUAUUGAUGGAAGAGGGAAAUAUUUAAAUUCAUUGGUAGGUGCUAGUGAAGAAUUAAAAUCGGCUCAUGCUGGAUCUAAUGGAGGUAAUGUUGAGAAUCAUUUACUAGAAUAUUGUCUUAGUACCAUGUUAUUGAUAAAUACUAUAAUUCAUUUUGGUGUUGAUAUAAGGGUAAGGAUUCACCUUAGAGCUCAAUUCAUGGCAUCAGGUUUAGAUCGACUCUUGGAAAAAUUCAAAGAAUUGAAUUAUGAUAAUUUAACUCAACAAUGUGAUAAAUACAUUGAAAUGUUUGAUCAAGAUAACCAAGAUUUGAAAGCUAACGAUGAGAUUGAUGAAGAUUUAGAUUUUAAUAAUCCUGUUGAUUUAGUCAAAUCAUUAUGGAACAAAGUUAAAGAUAAUGAAGGUCAAGGAUUUUUCGUUAGUGCUUUACAACAUUUAUAUUUAAAUCAAAUUGAAAAACGUGAUAAUAGUGAAGAAAUGACUAGAAGUUUAAGAUUAUUAGAUGGAUUGAUUCAAAAUGUUACUUUGGCUCAUACUUCUGAUAAUGAAUCAGCUGUAGGGAUUGCUAUCAAUAGAUUAUAUUCCAGUUUAAGUACUGAUGAAAUGUAUAGAAAAGCUAUCAAUGAAGCUAAGUUAUAUAAAAAGAUAGCUGAAGAAGCAACAGCUGAAAGAGAUGAUAUGUCUAGACAAUUAUCAAUGGGAGCUGAUGGUUUAAUAACGAAUCUUUCUAAUGAAGUCAAAGAACAAGAAGCUGUUUUGAUACGUUCUAGAAGAAUGAAUGAAGCUUUAACCAAAGAAUUAGAAGAUUUAAAACGUAAGCAUAUUGUUGAAAAGCAAGAACAAGAAUUGGAAAUGAGAGAAUUAUUGAUUAUGUUGAACAAUGCCCAAUUUGAAAGUAAGAAAACUGAUGGUAAAACUACUUUGUCAGUUCAAACUACCAAUGAAGAUUUAAUCAAGAAACUUCUGAAACAAAUUCAUCGUAAGAAAGCUGAAUACAAAUUAGAAAAUCGUUCUUUAGGUACACAAAUUGAACCAAGUUCAAGAUUAAGAGCUUUAAGAGAUCAAAUGGCUGAUAUCGAAACUAUGGCAAGAGAAUUAGAAAUGACAGAAUUCGAAAAUUAUACUGAACCAAAGACUCCAGUUGAAGAACCAGAAUUAAUCGAUGAAGAAGAAAGUGAAGAUGAAAUAAGUGAACCUGAACCUGAAUUCAUUCCACCUUCUCCUAAACCUUUACCAAAAGGUCCUCCAAGAGCUGCCAGAACGGAUGAUUUGGAAAAAUUGGAUUCUUUACGAAAGAAAUUAUCUUCUUUACAAAAUGAAUCAAAUGAUAUAAUGAAAUUCAAUAAUAAUGCCAUGUUAAGUAGACAAAAGUAUUUGGCAAUGGAAAGGUUGAGAGAAUUGGAAAACAACUUCAAAGAUUUCAAUAUCGAUUUCAGUUUAAAAGAUGGAGAAUCAACCCCUAUGGAUUUUGAUGUUGAUUCUUCUAUUAAAUCAAAGAUUCAAGAAGAAUUGGAAGAAGUUCAAAACUUAAAAGCUCAACUAGAAGCUAAAUUACAAUCUAUGAAUCAAGCCAAAUCACCUAAAUCACCUAAAUCUCCAAGAAAGAGAUCAAGUGUCAAAUCUGAUUUGUUUAGUAAGAUUGAAGCUAAAUAUGCUACUGGUAAAGUUUCUAGUGGAGUUGAUGAAUCAGAUAUAGUUCACGAAACCAAACCCAAUUAUAAAGCCAAUAGGAAUACUACCAUUGGUGGUAUGGAUCCUAAGUUCUUGAGUGAAUUGAGCUCAAAAGUUGGGAAAACUGCUGCCAUCGAUGAAGAUAACGAUAGUGAUGAUAAAUUUGAAGAUGCGGUUGAGACUAAAGAAAAAUCAAUUCCACCACCUCCUCCAUUACCACCUUCAUCUGGAAGUGCACCACCUCCACCUCCACCUCCACCACCUCCAUUACCGCCAUCUUUGGGAGGAGCACCACCACCGCCACCACCACCAUUACCACCUUCAUUAGGAGGAGCACCA